AUGUCACCUGACGCUGCUUAUUGUGCAUAUCCAGGGCCGCCAAAGUCACGUUCAAGGUUACACUCACGUCAGACCCCAAGCUGCCGUACCGAGUGUGCUGUGAACGUGCCGGAGCAGGCUCCAUUCACGGCUGUGCUCAAAUACGUCGCGGAGGAGUUCCACGUGCCUGCGGCUACCAGCGCCAUCAUCACCAAUGAUGGUAUCGGCAUCAAUCCGUCGCAGAGUGCCGGUAAUGUGUUCCUGAAGCAUGGUUCAGAGCUGCGCCUGAUUCCUCGAGACCGCGUCGGAGGCUGCAGCACGUGCUGA